AUGUCUUUAUACACCUCGGACCCGGCACCUCCAGUGCUCGCACACACUCUGCUCUCCCAACCCGUCCAGAAUACCAAAGACCCAAGCGCCCCGACUGAGAGGACCUGUAGCCUGGUAACAGAAAUUAAACAGGGAAUUAAAUGUUCCUCUCAUGCACUAUUCCACCCUGGGAUUGUCAUUGGCUUCUCGAGACCCAGGAGGAGAGGAACAGGUGGCGAUGACGAUCAUGGAUAUAUGGGACAGAUCCCUCGAUACAUCCUCACAAAGCAUCUCGAACGCACAUCGCCAGCCCCGGGUUCCUUCAACACAUUCAUAGUCCACCCAUUCAACCUCACCAUCUUCUCUCCCCAAAAUCUCCUCACCUCCCUCCUCUCAACAAACCCAACUCCCACUCCGUCCCUAUCCCGCAAAGAAGCAAUCACCCGCCUAGACGCCGUCCAGCUCCUUCCCGUUUACGACUUCUCAGAAGCCAUGCAAGCUAUUACCCAAGUCUCAGACACAUUACACCAGAUCGGAGAACAACGCAAGCACCAACAACUUACUACCCAGUAUCCCGUGGUGUUGAUCAUCGCUGGGCUGGACACUCUCGUCGAGAGCGUUAUCCGUGCUUCGAACCCGAUUAAGGGCACGGCGGUGUUGAGUGCUGCGUUAAGGAUGCUUACGCGGCUGUCAAGGGAGUAUGCGGCGUUUCUUUCUGUUUUGUUGAUUAAUACUAGUGGGCUUGGACUUGGGACGGGGAUGGGGGAUAUUGCGGUGGCUGAUGGGGAUUAUCAAGGAGAGCAGUUGUCGGUGCUGUUGCCGAGUUUGCUUAUGAAGACGUUGGAUCAAGGAACUGAUACACAUUUAUUGGUGUCGAGGGAGAGGGGGAGAGCUGGGAGGGUUGGGGUAGAGGUGAUUAAGGAUCGGGUGGGGGAUUGGUUAGGGACAAGGUGUGUUUGGGAUGGAUGA